AUGUUAGACAGACCACCAAUCCGCAUAGGAAACGUCUCCGGCGCAACAGGCGACCAUCCCCAUGCAAUGUCCCGCAUGGUCCGCACAGGCAACGUCAAUGUUAUAACAGGCGACUGGCUUUCCGAGAUGAACAUCGCCUGGAACGCAAUCACAAAGCAAGAAGUCGAUCCCAACCUCGGCUAUGAAAAUGGAUUCUAUGAACAGCUUGACGAGUGUCUUGAUGAUAUCAUGCAGCGUGAUAUUCGCGUGGUCACAAAUGCUGGUGCGCUGAACACUGAUGCGCUUUAUGAGAAAGUGAAAAGGCUUUGUGAGGAGCGCGGGUAUGGGGAUGUGGUUGUUGCCAAAGUGCUGGGCGAUGAUGUCUCGGAGACGGUCAUGAAAGGUGAUGUGAGAGUCACACAUCUAGAUCACCCAGAACAAACCCUCGAAGAUUGGGGUUUUGAACCAUGUUGUGCAACUGCAUACAUCGGAUGCUGGGGCAUCGUCCAAGCCUUACGAUCUGGCGCAAAAAUCGUCAUCUGCGGCCGCUGUACAGAUGCUUCUCCCGUCAUGGGAUCCGCGGCAUGGUAUCACGGCUGGCGAGAAGAUCAAUACGAAGAACUUGCCGGUUCUUUACUCGGCGCUCAUCUCAUUGAGUGCGGUCCUUAUGUCGUCGGUGCGAAUUUCUCUGGUUUCAAAGAUUUUUUACCUGAGCUGGUAGACAUUGCUUUUCCUAUUGCUGAGAUUAAUUUGAAGGGACGGUGUGUUAUUGGGAGAACGGGUGAAGGUGGUGGACGUGUUACGAAAGAAACUGUUACGGCACAGCUUCUCUACGAACUUCAGGGCCAUCUCUACUUGAACCCUGACGUUGUAGCUGAUCUUUCGUCCGUUCGCGUCGAGCAAGAGUCAGAGAAUAGAGUCUCUGUAUCUUGCGUCAAGGGUCUUCCCCCUCCACCAACAGCAAAGGUCAUGGUUGCUGCAAAAGGAGGAUUCCAAGCAGAAGCAACCUUUUACAUCAACGGUCUCGACGUCGCUGAGAAAGCAACCAUGAUGAAGAAUCAAUUGGCGCAUAUGUUCAAGGAUUCCAAGUUUAGUCGACUUAGCAUUGAGUUGUACGGUACACCUGCUGAGAACCCGACUUCUCAACAAGCAGGUACUGUGUCACUCCGUGUUUUCGCUCAGGCGCGAAAGAAGGAGGAUAUCGAUGCGUCUAAGUUCAAGGUUCCUAUUUAUGCUCUUCGCAUGCAAAGCUAUCCCGGGUAUCACAUGAACUUGGAUUUCAGAACCAUGGUUCCCAAGCCUUUUAUGGAGAUGUUUCCUGCUCUAAUGCCUGUCUCAGCGAUCGAGCACCGUGCUGUGAUGAGUACAGGAGAAACAUAUCCCAUCGCCCCUCCUACACAAACAGCUAAAUACCCCAUCGUACGACCAAGCACAGAAACUCAUGGACCUGUCGACAUGCUCACCUUUGGUCCGACCGAGUAUGCACCACUGGGCAGUAUCGUGCACGCAAGAUCCGGCGACAAGGGUGAUAACUCCAACGUUGGCUUUUUCGUUCGACACGACGAUGAAUAUGCUUGGUUGAGAAAUCUUUUGACUGUUUCUAAGCUGAAGCAGUUAUUUGGGGAUGAUUGGUUCAAGAUGAAUCCUGAUCGACGUGUUGAACGUGUUGAGUUUGCUGGUAUCAACGCUGUGCAUUUCCGAGUUUUGGAUAACUUGAAUGGUGGCAUUGCCUCCUCCGAUAGGAUUGAUGGAUUAGGGAAGGGCAUUGGCGAGUAUUUGAGAAGUCGGUAUGUUGAUGUACCAAAGGCGUUCCUGGAUAGAGGAAGGAUUUAG